CAUGAUUUUCAAACCGGAUGUUUCAUUUGCACUUCUGCACGACUGUAAUCUCGUUUUGCUUCGUUUAUAAAUGCUAACAAUUUCAAGUCUACGGUUAAAAUGUCUCAGAUUUAUCUAAGCUUCAAUGUAAAGCAUUAGCAAGUCGUUCAAUCAACUAGUCAAUACACAUUUAGACUGCAAAUAAACAGCUAAAAACAACAUCUAGGGAUUGUGUUGAUUGCUUAGGCGAAGUGCAUUAUGGGUGCUGAACAGAGUGGAGAUGCAGAUCAUAAACAUUCAGACUUCAGUGCUUCAGUUGUUCCCUCUCCAGCUAAGCAAAGAGCCAAAAUGGAUGACAUAGUAGUGGUUGCCCAAGGAACACAGUCAUUACGAAAUAUCCACAAUGAUCCUGAUGUAAUAAAGCUACAGGAGAUUCCCACCUUUCAGCCUCUUCUGAAAGGUGUUCUCAGUGGACAAACCUCCCCCAGCACUGUGUGUUUAGAAAAGCUGGAUUCGGCACAGGUCCUGCAGCUGUGUGUCCGAUACCAGGAUCAUCUACAUCAGUGUGCGGAGGCUGUUGCAUUUGACCAGAAUGCUCUAGUCAAGAGGAUCAAAGAGAUGGACCUGUCAGUGGAGGCGCUGUUCAGUAUCAUGCAGGAGAGGCAAAAGCGGUAUGCCAAGUACGCCGAGCAGAUCCAGAAGGUCAAUGAGAUGUCGAUGAUUCUGAGACGUAUUCAGAUGGGGAUCGACCAGACUGUACCACUCAUGGAGCGACUCAAUAACAUGCUGCCCGAGAGUGAGCGGCUGGAGCCCUUCAGCAUGAAACCUGAUGGAGAUAUCAAAUAAAAGGCUUAGUGUGUUGAUACUGAUUGACUUUGAUACUGAUUGACCUACCUCAGGUCUCUUCUGGUUGUUACCAAUGGAACGCGUCACUUUUGCACUGGAUGGCUUAUUGUAUGCCUGGAUCAGGUGUGUUCUGGCCUAAACAAAGUUACAUGGUACAAAUGAUGAAAUUAUAGUACUAAAAAUGACAAAUGCGUGUGUGUGUGUGUGUAUAUAUAUAUACACACUUAAUAGGCUUAAUUGAGUGCUCUUGAAGGGCAUGACAACAUUCAGAAUGCUAUUUAAUGAGAAGUCUUUAAUGUAUAUGAUGCUCUUGCACUUAAGGUUGUCUGCAGGCUCACUGUAAUUAAAGUUGUUGGCAUUACA